GUGAGGUGUUUUUUUGUAUAGGGGCGUGGUUUGCUCUGAACAAAAACUACGCGAGGCAGUCGAGGGCGGAUGACGUUAAAUUAGUCACCCUGUAACACGGACGCUGAGAAGAUCAGAUGAAGGUGAUCCGCUGAGAUCCGUGAUGAUCAUGUCUCGUGUCUUCAGGUUUCAUGGCCUGUUCGUCGCCUCCCAUCCAUGGGAGGUGAUUGUGGGAACGGUUGCCAUGACGAUGUGUCUGAUGUCCAUGAACGCUUUCAGUACCACCGACCAGAUGUGUGGCUGGAAUCAUAAAUGUCCCAAAGUGCAGGAGAAAGUUUUAGGCAGUGAUGUUUUAAUUUUAACCAUCACGAGAUGUGCCGCCAUCAUUUACAUCUACUUCCAGUUUAGAAACCUAAGACAGCUCGGCUCUAAAUACAUACUGGGUAUUGCUGGUCUGUUUACUUUCUUCUCAAGCUUUGUGUUCAGUACUGUGGUGGUUCAAGUCUUGGGUAAAGAGCUCACAGGAUUAAAUGAGGCUCUGCCCUUCUUCCUGUUGUUGAUCGACCUCUCUAAAGCCUGCACGCUUGCCAAGUUUGCACUCAGCUCAAACUCACAGGAAGAGGUCAGAGAGAACAUCGCUCAGGGAAUGGCCAUUUUGGGACCCACAUUUACUCUGGAUGCGGUCGUGGAGUGUCUUGUUAUAGGAGUGGGGACCAUGUCUGGUGUGCGUGAGCUGGAGAUCAUGUGUGGCUUUGGCUGCAUGUCGGUUCUGGCCAAUUAUUUGGUGUUCAUGAGCUUCUUCCCUGCCUGCGUGUCACUGGUGUUGGAGUUAUCCCGUGAGAGUCGAGAGGGUCGACCCAUCUGGCAGCUCAGUCAUUUCGCUCGUGUUCUGGAGGAAGAGGAGGGUAACAAACCUAACCCGGUCACACAAAGAGUUAAAAUGAUCAUGUCUUUGGGUCUGGCGCUGGUUCACGCUCACACUCGCCUGGUGGCCGGAUCUCCGGCUCACAACACAAGUGGCUCGGAUGUGGUUUUGACUCAACCCAGCAUGGAGUCCGACAGAGCCAUGAACCGUUUGGAUUUGGAGCAGAUCAUCACUCUCUCUCUCGCUCUGUUAUUGGCGGUGAAGUACGUGUUUUUCGAGCAGGAUGAAGCAGAAUCCUCCCUGUCCAUCAGAUCCCCUGUGGCCAAUAGGAAAGGAGAAGAGGACUGCUGUCACAGGGUACCCGCCCCUCCCAAAAUCCAAGAGGCAUCCAACACAGAUCGAAACAUUCCUCGCAAAGAUCAGACAGAUGAGGUGUUGAGGCCUAUCGAGCCGCAUCUGUCCUGUAAUUUAAUCCAGAAAGAUUGUGAUGUUACACACCAAGAAGAUGAAGUCAAAGAGGAUCUGCCUGAACAGUGCCGCCCUGUAGAUGAGUGUCUCACCAUUUUUAAAGACCCAAAAAGAGGAGCUCGAUACCUGAGUAACGCUGAGGUCGUGGCUCUGGUGGAGUGCAGAAGCAUCGCAGGAUACCGCUUGGAGACACUGAUGGAGAGUCCAGAGAGAGGCGUGGCCAUACGCAGGGAAAUGCUCUCCGCCAAACUGCCCAACCAGUGUGCCCUGGACAGUCUGCCCUACACAAACUAUGACUACUCCAAGGUGACUGGCACUAACUGUGAGAACGUGAUUGGCUAUGUUCCCGUGCCGGUGGGUGUGGCCGGACCGUUGCUUAUGGAUGGUAAAGAAUUCCACGUCCCAUUGGCGACUACAGAAGGCUGUUUAGUGGCCAGCACCAAUCGAGGAUGCAGAGCGAUCAAACUGUCAGGUGGUGUGAGCAGUCGUGUUUUAGCUGAUGGUAUGACUCGUGGUCCGGUGGUGCAGCUGCCAUCAGCAUGCAGGGCGGCAGAGGUCAAGGGCUGGAUGGAGAGCUCAGAGGGGUUCAGUGCCAUCAAACAGGCCUUCGAUCACACCAGCAGGUUUGCUCGUCUGGAAAGGCUGCAGGUCAGUUUGGCUGGGAGAAACCUGUACAUCCGCUUCCAGUCUCAGACUGGAGAUGCUAUGGGCAUGAACAUGCUGUCAAAGGGUACAGAACAGGCUCUGUGUCGAGUCCGUGAGCAAUUUCCUGACCUACGUGAGUUAGCCAUCAGUGGAAACUACUGCACUGAUAAGAAACCGGCCGCUAUCAACUGGAUCAACGGCCGAGGAAAAUCCACAGUGUGUGAAGCGCUCAUACCUGCGCGAGUGGUCAAAGAGGUUUUGAAGACCAGCACGGCCGCUCUGGUGGAGCUGAACAUCAGUAAGAAUCUGGUGGGCUCGGCGAUGGCCGGUAGCGUGGGAGGCUUUAAUGCUCAUGCGGCAAAUAUUGUAGCCGCCAUCUACAUCGCCUGCGGACAGGACCCUGCGCAGACGGUGGGCAGCAGUAACUGUAUCACUUUAAUGGAGUGUGUUGGGCCUGAUGGAGAGGAUCUGUACAUCUCCUGCACUAUGCCAUCAUUAGAACUGGGAACUGUGGGAGGAGGAACCGGCCUGCCUGCACAAAACGCCUGUUUACAGAUGUUAAAUGUUAGCGGUGCGAGCGAGGAGUGUCCUGGCGAGAACGCACGGAUGCUGGCACGGAUCGUCUGCGCUACGGUGUUAGCUGGAGAACUUUCUCUCAUGUCUGCGCUGGCUGCUGGACAUCUUGUCAAGAGUCACAUGACUCAUAACAGGUCAAAAGUCAACCUUACAUCAUUACGCAAUGAAAACUGAAGCACUUUGAGCGAGGACCUCAGUGCAUUCUGGGAAAUGCAGUCUUGGACAGCCACAUGUGUGUGGGAGCUCAUGUUUCUUCUCAGGGUCUUUAGAAGUGCUGGAAACAUCCAUAGACGACAGCAAAUCAUCUAACAGAAGUCAAAGUCUGUAAAGAACAUGAGGAGAAAACUGGUGUUUAACAUUUAAACACUGAUGUUUAACAGCUUUGUGCGUAAUGUUUCCACUAAAGCGUGAUUUUGUGACAGACCAAUCACAGCUCAUAUUAUGGUGUGAGGUUUAAAGGCCGUGAAUAUUGCCUAAAACUGUUACUUGCUCAUGGUCCUAAAGUUUUUAUAGCGAUAUAAAACAUGUCAGUUUAUAUCAAAAACGGUGAAAAUGCUGAAAGUUUAAAUUAAAAUGAGAGAUUUUGUUUUGCACAUCCAGACAAACAGAGGAAAAGGGACUUUGGAUCUUCAAGGUCUUGAUAGUUUUAAGAUUAAAUCAAGAAGUCAGAUUUUGAUGGAUGAUUUGCUGUUUAUACUGACAAAAUGUCACAGAUUGUAAAUGAAUAUAUAUUUGUGUAUUUAAAUGUUUAACUGAUCAUGCCAAUCUCACUGUGAUGAACUACAGUAUUAAGCUAAAUGAAAAGCUCUCUUGUAAAUGAGGGGCUUCAGUAGAUUGAUUAUAAAGAUUUGCAUUUGUAAAUGCUUGUGUUUAUGUCCAUUGGGUUUUACUAAUGAAUGAAUGCUGUAGUGCCAGACUGUAACACUGCUGAAUUCAUGACUGUAAAGCACUUUGGCUUUAAAGCAAAUCUUUUUGAUUCUACUCUCUGGUCAUAGAAAGUGCUGAUAAAACCAUGUCUGUAUUAAAACAGCUUUAAAAUUA